UGAGUUCACUUUUUAUUUUUAUUUUUUUAUUUCUCUUCGUAAAAUAAUAAAAAAUAAAAAAGUAUCUCUUCUUCGUCUUCGUAUUCGUUUUCGUCCCCUUCCGCGGGAUUCGUUGAACGAGCCGAGGAGAGGGAGUCCCAUGAAGGGGUCGGGGGUUGGGGGGGUCAUUGAGCUAGGGUUUUGGGAGCUCGGUGUUAGGGUUCAUGGCGGGUCCCUUUUAGCUCGGGGUUCUUAAUGAAGUCUCGGUGCCAUAGGGCCCUGUGAGAGCUCUCCACACGGUCACGAGUUCAAAUAGUAUGACAACUGCAUCAACUCAAUUUGUAACCUCUAGAAGGAUGGGUAUAUAUGAACCAAACCACCAAAUGAGCAUGUGGGAUGAGUCCUUCAAAGCCGAGAGCAGUCAAAAUACAAGUGCUUCAACUGUCUUGGAAGCUGAUGCAAAGCUCGACAAUAAGUUAUUGGAUGUUCCUCAUGAGACGUUUGGACCGUCAAAAAAAUAUGAUCAGGAAGCAAACAAGCCAUCAGAAAAGAUUCAGAGAAGGCUUGCACAGAAUAGAGAAGCUGCUAGGAAAAGCCGUCUAAGGAAAAAGGCUUAUGUCCAACAACUGGAAUCAAGUCGUAUAAAAUUGGCUCAGCUAGAGCAGGAGCUAGAGCGGGCUAGGCAGCAGGGUGUAUACAUAGCUGGGCAUCUGGGAGAAUCAACUCUGGGGUUAACUGGAGCUGUUGAUUCAGGGAUUGCUGCUUUCAAGAUGGAAUACGACCACUGGGUUGCGGAACAGUGCAGGCAGACUUGUGAGUUGAGAGCUGCAUUACAAGCACACGUGUCAGAUAUAGAGCUUCGUAUGCUCGUUGAGAGUGGAAUGAGCCACUAUAAUAAUCUUUUCCAAAUAAAGGCAAUUGCUGCGAAAUCUGAUGUUUUCUAUCUUAUGUCCGGCAUGUGGAAAACAGCUGCAGAACGUUUCUUCCUUUGGAUUGGGGGAUUUCGGCCUUCAGAGCUUCUCAAGGUUUUAUCCCCACAUCUCGACACUUUGACAGAGCAACAAGUCUCGGCUGUCUGUAGCCUGCAGCACUCUUCUGAGCAAGCUGAAGAUGCUCUUUCCCAAGGAUUGGAUAAGCUUCAACAAACUCUUGCGGAAACCCUAACAUCGUAUCCUUUAGGUGCUUCUGAUGUCGGAAAUUAUAUGGAACAAAUGGCAAAUGCAAUGGGGAAGUUGGAGGCUCUUGUGAGUUUCGUAAAGCAGGCAGACCUUCUUCGGCAGCAAACACUGCAGCAAAUGUGCACGAUUCUUACGACACGUCAAGCAGUGCGAGGCCUCCUCGCCUUGGGUGAUUAUUUCCAACGACUUCGUACCCUGAGCUCGCUAUGGGCUGCGCGCCCCCGCGAACCAGCUUAAUGAUAUCAUUAAACUUACUGCCUCUUAUUGAAGUUAUGAUGACCCAUGGUCAUCCAAGAAUAUCCUGUGGCGAUGAAAAUGGCUACGACGCUUAUAGUUAAAAAUAACAAAUUAUAUUUGAUCAUUGAGACAAUAAGGCCCUUACCUUGGUGGAGAUGUGUAAAUACGUACUCGCGUAUGCUCGACUUUCGACAUGUGUAGGGUGCUCGGUGGGCUGUUUAUAGCCUAGUAUGUUGUAUAUUUUAUCACCAGGGUUUUUCUUUUCCUUAUUUCCUUUGUUGCUUUAGUGAUAUGCUGUAACGAAUGAACGACUUACUUGCUGUAGUGGUAUGCAGUUUUAGGCUUUUAAACUUGCUUUUAUUGAAAGAAAAUUUGCGUAUUGGUUU